GCAGACUUCAUAAGUAACUUCACUCUGAUCACAAAUCAGAUCUACUUUUUGACCAGAGCAGUGGUCCUACUGACCUAUACAAUUGGAUCUAUUACUCCUAAACCAACAUACAAGGAACUUUUCAUUCGGGACUUGACGGAGAAACCUCUGGAUCAACAAUAAUAUGGGAAAAGAAAAUACCUUUUUGGUCACCGUUUGGAUAAUUCUGGCAAAUAUCUAUGUAUCUUUUUCAAGUACACCAGAACAAACACUUUUUGGUAAGUAAGGGAUAUUUCUCCUACCUGUUUGUAGAGCUGACUUUGGCUUUGUUAGAGAUAGGUUAAAUAAACACAUUCUUUGCCUCUAUGUUGAAUUCCUCCCAUAAAAUAAACACUAGGGCCAACGGGAGGCAGCAUAAUUAAGUGACCGAGAGUAACCUCCAUUCAGAUGGACGCCACUGCUCUAGUGCAUUUUGUUUAGGGUGCAAUUAAAACAAUAUUUUGAUUACGAAAUGUUUAUUUGUUCUAUUUUGAAUUUAUGGAUAAUAACACUUUUCGCUUUGUUUACACAUAUUUGCAUAAUGCAUAAUAACAUAUAUUAUAAUUAUUAUUGACAUUAUAUUCGAUAUUUAAUGUGGCCUAUUUAUCUAUGUUUGUGAUAUCCAAAACAAAUACUUCAUUUCAAAAAGCUCAUAGUGUUAUUACUACAAUGUUUGGAAUCAUAAAUUAAUGUUUGGUUGGUAGAAUUUCAAAAGAUGCAAAAGAGGGCGACACUGGACCAGUAAAACGUUUUGUGAUAUAUUUUAUCACGCUGGUAAUUGGAUUAGUUUACACCAAUUGAUAAACUGAUAGAUUCUGCAGAUUGUGUGUUUGUAAUUACUUUCUUCCUAAAUAGAUAGUGUUUGAAGAUAAAAAAAAAAAGUUGAAUUACCACCACCACUUGAAAGAUGCAAUGAAAAAUACAGCAAUUGGUUUCUUUGUAACCAAAUUGUAGAUGCUGGAUUUGAUUUGUCAUGCAAAUAAGAAGUUACAUUUUGGUUGUGGUAAAGUGUUUGAAAUGCUAGUGACCUCCUUGUACAAUCAUGAUUAUGAAAAAGUCAUAAAUAAUAGGACAUCUAGACUAGGUUUCAAUUUUUAUCUUGUUAAAUGUAAACAAUAGUGUCAUGAAUAAGGUAGAUACCUAAAGACUCUUGACUCCCCUGCAUUGUGCAUAAUGGUAACCUGUAUGCCUUGAUAACAGGAUUUAAAGUGCUUACAUGCAAGAUCAUGCACUACUAGUAGAGUAACAUCAUGACUGACUGAGCCAGUUUAACAUCAUCACUCUGUGUCUGUGCAGGUAACAGCAACUCUACUGAAUGGCUUGAGGACUACACCGACAUUGUAUCCAAGUUCUCCUUGAGAACUGCUGCGAUACCCGAUGAUGACUUGUGCUACAUCGUUCCCGGCCAGCCCUUAACCAUCCCAGAGUGUGAAUUCAACCCUGGGUAUAAGACGUUCGUGGUCAUUCAUGGAUGGACGGUAAAGCUUUCACACUUUAUUAUGAUUGGCACAAAAGCAUAAGUUGUUGACCAUAAUUUCAAUUAGGCUUGUUGUGCAUAAUGAGGGAAAUAACUCCACAAUGUUGAUCCUAAAAAUAAAUUCAGCAUUGAUAACUAGAUGCAUGAUGUGCUGACACUUGGCUAGUCUUCAAUCAGUGCUGUGAGUAGAGAAUGAGGGCUAGGGCCACAGUGAGUCAGGCCUGCCACUGACCCCAGAACUGUGUUUGUCCAGGUCACAGGGCUGUUUGAGAGCUGGGUCCCUAAGCUGGUGACAGCGCUGUACAAGAGGGAGCCCAAGGCCAACGUGAUCGUGGUGGACUGGUUGACCCGGGCCCAGCAGCACUACCUCACCUCCGCAGCCAACACCAAGCUGGUGGGCAAAGACGUGGCCAAGUUUGUAAAUUGGCUGCAGGUGAGUGAGCUCAAGGACACUGGGUACAUAGGAACAUAGCCACAGGAAGUAGGGGUGCUGAAAACCCCCCUGAAAAAAACGAGAGAAAAAAACGUAAUAUUAUAUAUUUUUUGUUUGUUUUUUUUUACAAAAGUAGUGCACUGGGCCAUUACUAGUCCUGUAUUAACGGACAGAAAUAGCCAUCUGUAGCAUGGGCAAAAAUAAUAAUUCAGCAUGGUUCACACAAUGGCCUGAUUUCUAACUUGAGAUCAGACUUUCAUGUUGACAAUGCAUAAAUGUAUUUGAAUUAUGCAAUAUGUGACUCGUGAUGAUGCAAUGGUUUAGAAGUCAAUGCUGUGGAUGUAUUUUACUCCUGGCUAUGAUUUAGUAUACCUAAAGGCUUUCUACAGCCAUGUUGACCACAUUUCCCACUCAUUACACAGCUCAUUAUUGAUAGAAACAGCAGGUGGAGCUAGUGAAGCAUAUCCUCUGCUAGAAAAAGACAAGGGCUAGGAGACAUUGGUAUGAUAAACUGCCUGAAAUUAUUACAUGUGUAAGCGUACAGUAUAACUGACAGAACAGAAUAUACUUGAGAGGGUGUUGGAAUGGCAUAGCAAGUUUUACAGCCAAUACUUUACACAGUCACAAGUCACCCUGGAAAAUAUGAAUAAAACCAUGUUUGCUUUCCCCCCUUGUCAGAAAACGCUAGACUACCCCUGGGAGAAGAUACAUCUGCUGGGCUACAGUCUGGGUGCUCAUGUAGCCGGCAUCGCUGGUCUCCUCACCAACCACAAAGUCAGCAGGAUCACAGGUGAGCAGACAGCCUUUCUCAGCUGAAGAGGUUUUAAUGUUUAUCUAUCAGUCUGUCACAAUGUAGAUGCAUGUACCAUGGAUACAUACAGUAACAACAACAAAAUCCAGAAAAACGCAUGUCAAAAAUGUUAUAAAUUGAUUUGCAUUUUAAUGAGGGAAAUAAGUAUUUGACCCCUCUGCAAAACAUGACAAAACCCUUGUUGGCAAUCACAGAGGUCAGAAGUUUCUUGUAGUUGGCCACCAGGUUUGCACACAACUCAGGAGGGAUUUUGUCCCACUCCUCUUUGCAGAUCUUCUCCAAGUCAUUAAGGUUUCGAGGCUGACGUUUGGCAACUCGAACCUUCAGCUCCCUCCACAGAUUUUCUAUGAGAUUAAGGUCUGGAGACUGGCUAGGCCACUCCAGGACCUUAAUGUGCUUCUUCUUGAGCCACUCCUUUGUUGCCUUGGCCGUGUGUUUUGGGUCAUUGUCAUGCUGGAAUACCCAUCCACGACCCAUUUUCAAUGCCCUGGCUGAGGGAAGGAGGUUCUCACCCAAGAUUUGACGGUACAUGGCUUGUCCAUCGUCCCUUUGAUGCGGUGAAGUUGUCCUGUCCCCUUAGCAGAAAAACACCCCCAAAGCAUAAUGUUUCCACCUCCAUGUUUGACGGUGGGGAUGGUGUUCUUGGGGUCAUAGGCAGCAUUCCUCCUCCUCCAAACACUGCGAGUUGAGUUGAUGCCAAAGAGCUCCAUUUUGGUCUCAUCUGACCACAACAGUUUCACUCAGUUCUCCUCUGAAUCAUUCAGAUGUUCAUUGGCAAACUUCAGACGGGCCUGUAUAUGUGCUUUCUUGAGAAGGGGGACCUUGCGGGCGCUGCAGGAUUUCAGUCCUUCACGGCGUAGUGUGUUACCAAUUGUUUUCUUGGUGACUAUGGUCCCAGCUGCCUUGAGAUCAUUGACAAGAUCCUCCCGUGUAGUUCUGGGCUGAUUCCUCACCGUUCUCAUGAUCAUUGCAACUCCACAAGGUGACAUCUUGCAUGGAGCCCCAGGCCGAGGGAGAUUGACAGGUCUUUUGUGUUUCUUCCAUUUGCGAAUAAUCGCACCAACUGUUGUCACCUUCUCACCAAGCUGCUUGGCGAUGGUCUUGUAGCCCAUUCCAGCCUUGUGUAGGUCUACAAUCUUGUCCCUGACAUCCUUGGAGAGCUCUUUGGUCUUGGCCAUGGUGGUGAGUUUGGAAUCUGAAUUUUUUUCUUUCUUUCUGUGAACAGGUGUCUUUUAUACAGGUAACAAACUGAGAUUAGGAGCACUCCCUUUAAGAGUGUGCUCCUAAUCUCAGCUCGUUACCUGUAUAAAAGACACAUGGGAGCCAGAAAUCUUUCUGAUUGAGAGGGGGUCAAAUACUUAUUUCCCUCACUAAAAUGCAAAUCAAUUUAUAACAUUUUUGACAUGCGUUUUGCUGGAUUUUGUUGUUGUUCUUCUGUCUCUCACUGUUCAAAUAAACCUACCAUUAAAAUUAUAGACUGAUCAUUUCUUUGUCAGUGGGCAAACGUACAAAAUCAGCAGGGGAUCAAAUACUUUUUUCCCUCACUGUACAUGCAUAGGCCUACAUGUGCAAGUUCUAUCUCAAUGCAUUUAGCCUCAAUAGUACUCCCAUUUGUCUCCAUAAAGUUUACCCAACUAUUACAUCUCUUUGACCUGCUUAUAAUAAUAACUUGUUUACCCCUGAAGCAGAUCAGGCCAUUGAAAACCACAAUCAAAUCAUCACAAGAGCACAUUGUGGGCUUUGGCCAGGACUGCAUGGACUCAUGUGCAGUAUGGACCUCCAGGACCGUGACUGAUCUAUAACGUUUCUCUUUUUCCCUCUCUGUCUCUGCUUCUACCCCUCUCUCUCUUCCUCCCCCUUCUCUCGCUCUCUCCCUCCAUCCGGCUCCCAGGUUUGGACCCAGCCGGCCCGACCUUUGAGUUUGCUGAUGCCCAGAGCACCCUGUCCCCUGAUGAUGCUCUAUUCGUGGACGUCCUGCACACCAACACCCGGGGCUCACCAGACCGCAGCAUCGGCAUCCAGAGACCCGUGGGCCACGUGGACAUCUACCCCAACGGAGGAACCUUCCAGCCAGGCUGUGACCUGCAGAACACCAUGAUGAUGAUCGCCACCACCGGCAUCCGUAGUACGUACUGUAACUGGACACUGUACUGUAGAAUGCCUUCUACUAUUCUAUCUUCUCCAUAUUUCUGCUGUCUGACAUAUAGUAAAGCAUAGUGUAACAUCAAAGUCUGUUAUUAUUCUGUAGUAAAUCUUCAUGAGUAUUGUUUCUUGAAGUUUUAACAUCUGCAACAAGUACUUUGACUCCAUUAAAAGUGGCGUUUUCAAAGUCUUCAGUUUUCUAACCAUAACACUGAAAGCCAUACGUCAUAUGCCAGAAUAAGCACAUUUCACAGACACAGUCACACGGUUAGUCAGGUGUAUAUUAGAGAAUCAGCCAGUGUUUCAGACUUCAUGGUCCUAAUGGUCUUGUUUUACGCCUGUCCUAUGCAGAUAUGGACCAGCUCGUGAAAUGUUCCCAUGAGCGCUCCAUCCACCUGUUUAUCGACUCGCUUGUGAACGCAGCAGAACAUCAGACCAUGGCCUACCGCUGCAGCUCCAAGGAGGCCUUCAUGAAGGGAAUGUGUCUCAACUGCCGCAAGAACCGCUGCAACAAGGUGGGCUACGGCGUCAACAAGGUCCGCCUGCCUCGGAGCGCCAAAAUGUACCUCAAGACCCGCGAGAUGAUGCCCUUCAAACGUAAGGAUGAGAGAGGAAUUGUCUUAAGACGAGAAAGCAUGCAUACACAAAGUAACAAUUUGAUCAAUCUUUUUCACAACAGAAGGUCCAUUUCCUGGCACUAAAAUAGAUUUCCACAAGUUAAGAGUUACUUGACAUACAUUAAUUGCCAAAUCCUCAAUGCAUUGGUCUGGUAGUGUUGGCUAGGAGCUGGCUCGAGCUGGCCUUGAGAACUUAAUACUGAGUCUCUUUGCCAUCCUAUGCAUGUUACAUUAGUACAACGGGCCCCACCGGUGCACAUACUGUAUUGGUACUGUACCCCCCUGAGCAAACAACUACUGUAGUCUACACAAGGCACUCCCUUAUCAGUCACCUGACUCACUAUCCAUAAAAGAUUCUAUAACAUCCGCCCAGCUUGCGUCCAUUUCCCACCCUCCUCACCCCACUACUCUAGGAUUGGCACAGUCUGACAUAUCUGAUAAGGUAGUGGCGUCAGGGACAAACAAGCCAUUAAGGUCACAUGAGAGUGAGACUAUUAGUAUUUCAGUAGUGGGCGUAGUUUGGUAACUGUAAACCACUGCACGUGUAUUCUUACGGUGGAAAGUUAGAGGAAACCUUUCACGCCAAUUGGAAAUGCUUCUGGCACUGGCUUUGAAUCUAGGCACACAAUAAUAUCUCUGUAGUUGCAUAGUACACUGUAAAACCAUGAAGCAUGUGACACAUUUAUAACCUAAACGUCAGUGUUUCAAACUUAAACAUCAGGCAUUUAGAUUUUCCAAUAAGUCUUCUCAUCUUAAACACAGGCAUUUAGAAUGCAAGAUAGUCAGCUUUUCCAGUUUUAAUAUCUAUGGUUCCUCAUACACAUUAAUUUAUUGAUCUUAUUAUUUUUUUUUUACCCCCUUUUUCUCCCCAGUUUUGUGAUACACAAUUGUGAUCUAAUUACAAUCUUGUCUCAUCGCUGCAACUCCCCAACGGGCCCGGGAGAGGCGAAGGUCGAGUCAUGCGUCCUACAAAACAUGACCUGCCAAACCGCGCUCCUUAACACCCACCCCCUUAACCCAGCUGCACCAAUGUGUUGGAGGAAACACCGUUCAACUGACGACUGAAGUCAGCCUGCAGGCGCCCGGCCCACCACAAGGAGUCACUAGAGCGAGAUGAGCCAAGUAAAGCCCCCCCCCGGCCAAACCCUCCCCUAACCCGGACGACGCUGGGCCAAUUGCGCGCCGCCCUAUGGGACUCCCGGUCACGGCCGGUUGUGACACAGCCCGGGAUCGAAACCGGGUUUGUAGUGACGCCUCAAGCACUGCGAUGCAGUUCCUUAGACCGCGGCGCCACUCGAGAGGCCUUAUUGAUCUUAUUCUAUACAAAUAUAAAUAACUUAAAUGUUUCUAAACUAAUCCAAUCUCCAAGGGGUUGGACUUUUUGCACGCGUUACUGAGAUGGUUGUUCCAGUUUAGAUGGUUUGGGUAGUCUUGAUUGUUAAGUUCUUCACCAUAGCAGACAUUCUGAGUGCAGGUUGUGGGUGAUAAAAUAUUCAAAUUGUUGGAUAUCCUCCCUCUGGCUGGAUUCUGAUAGGAAUUACUAAUCACUUCACAAACCAGAGUACGGUGACUUGCAGGUCUGAUGGGGCCCAUGAGCCAGGAUUUUAACUAAAGGCCUUAUGAAGUGUAUCAAAUGUGGUCAUAAAGGGUUUUCUUUUAAUUGAAACACAUUCACUUAGGCAAUCACUUGAUGAAGGCUUCAGGAAUAGAAGUUAUUGAAUACAACAACCAUGUCUCUGUUACUAACAAACACAGACAUGGGUGGGUAUCCCUCACAUUCACUCGAAAGGCAUGCUGUGAAAUAUGCAAAUACGGCUUUACACCCUACAGUGUUAAAACAACACCCCCAGUGUUUAGUGUUUAAAACCUAAACGCCUUGUGCUGAAUAAACAUGUUCAUGGUUUUUUUAAAGUGUUACAGCGAAUAAACAUGUUCUGGUGUUUACAGUCUAAACACUGUGACACAUUUUCAUUUGAUAUUCUAAAUGCCUUGAUGUAUUUAAAAAGUGUUACAGAAAAGUGUUUAGUAAUGUGUUCAGAUCCUAAACACUUGGUUUAACAGUGGAAGGAGUGGAAGGUCGGACAACUUAAUCUGAAGCUAAACACUGUAUUUUCUUUCCCUUAGUCACACAAAGGCAGUAUGUGGAUCGAUAAUAUGGUUAUGUAAAGACAGGUCUUAAGCACUGAGGUACUACAAUAGUGUGUGAGCAGGGAUCUUUAGCUCAAACUGUGGGCGUCAGUGAUGGGAUUAUGUCCACAUGCCACAAACACUUCAAACUGUCGGAGAAUGUGUCUUAACUGGGCAGACUGCAGGUGUUUCCAUAGGAAAAAACAUACUCAGGGUUUCAGAGGGCAAAACCUUCUCUGUGACACUCGUCUGUAUGUGGCAUGGUUCUAAAUUAAGGUCUCUGUCAUUCUUUCCACAGUUUUCCAUUACCAAGUGAAGGUGCAUUUCUUCAGCAGUGAGAAACUGGCCUACACUGAGCAGCCCAUGAAAAUCUCUCUGUACGGAACCCAUGAUGAGAAGACAGAUAUUCCUUACACCAUGUACGUAUAGUCUGAUAUGAAAGAAAAUAAUAAAAUAAGGAAAUUAUAGGAAAUACAAAAACAUUUUGUGCAAUACUUUGUCCAGAAAUGCUUGAUAUAAUAUCUAAACCAAACGUACAAAUAUAAAACACUGACAUUGUAGCUCAUAAUGAACCCUAGAAAUGUCACCUCGCCACCCCACCUCAGCUGGGUACUAUAUACAGUACAGAAGGUGAACUGAUCCACUCACCUUUGACCUGUGUGUGACCCCUCAGGCCCUUUCUGAACACCAACAGCACUGUGUCAUUCCUGCUGACCACCGACGUGGAUGUCGGGGAGUUGCUUAUGGUCAAGCUGCGCUGGGAGAAAGAUGCCUAUUUCAGCUGGUCUGACAUUUGGGGCAACAAAAACUUCCACAUCCGCAAAAUACGUGUCAAGGCCGGGGAGACUCAGUCCAAGUAAGUCAUGAUAAUAAUGAUGAGCUGCAUUUCUGUAUGUAAACUCAGCAAAAAAAGAACGUCCCUUUUUCAGCACCCUGUCUUUCAAAGAUAAUUCGUAAAAAUCUAAAUAACUUCACAGAUCUUCAUUGUAAAGGGUUUAAACACUGUUUCCCGUGCUUGGUCAAUGAACCAUAAACAAUUAAUGAACAUGCACCUGUGGAACGGUCGUUAAGACACUAACAGUUUACAGACGGUAGGCAAUUAAGGUCACAGUUAUGAAAACUUAGGACACUAAAGAGGCCUUUCUACUGACUCUGAAAAACACCAAAAGAAAGAUGCCCAGGGUCCCUGCUCAUCUGCGUGAAUGUGCCUUAGGCAUGCUACAAGGAGGCAUGAGGACUGCAGAUGUGGCCAGGGCAAUAAAUUGCAAUGUCCGUACUGUGAGACGCCUAAGACAGCGCUACAGGGAGACAGGACGGACAGCUGAUCGUCCUCGCAGUGGCAGACCACGUGUAACAACAUCUGCACAGGAUCGGAGUUGACAGUGAGAGGACGUUUCUUUUUUUGCUGAGUUUAGAAGGGGUAUUCAAAUUCACGGGCCUCAAGGUCAGCAGCAUUGCUGGUUUCGCUCUAAGGCCAAUUAAUUACAUUCAUCAAUCAAAACCCAACAGUACUGUGGACAGUAUUUGAAUACCUUUGACACAGCACAUCACCUUUCACAUUGCCAGUCUUUGGGGUUAUACGUUAAAGGUGUCGAGGGUUUUAUUGAUAGUCUUUACUGUCUGACUCCAGGGUGAUCUUCAGCGCUAAAGAUGGAGAGUUUGCCUACCUCGUCAGAGGAAAAGACGACGUAGUCUUUGUCAAGUCAAAAGAGGACAACAUGAGCCGGAAAGAGAAAAUGUAAGAAAACCUGAACAUUUGGCAAACUUUGAAACUUUGGUCAUUUGAAUAUAGAAAAAUCUAUUAAACCAAAGAUGGGAUUCAGAACUUAUUUUCUCAUGUUCUUCUUUUGAUUUUGAUUUAUCUUCAUCUUCAGGAUGCACAGACUCAAGAUGCAGGGAAGCCUCUUCAAGAAGAACAUUGCAUGAAGCAGCACUUGAAUAGAGUUCACACUGAACCACACAGCCAAAGCUGAGCUGGAUGGAGCCUGGGAGAAUACGCUGGAGAGAAGAUAGGGGAUUUAAGUCUCUGACCUGUACUGUAUGUUCUGCCUCCCAACCUGUGUCAUCUCAUCUCCACCCCCAAGCACAAUCACUUUUCUUCUAUUAACCAUCAUCAUGGAGAGUGUUACAAUUGCUUUUUUAUGGUUUUGACUUGGUCUAACGUUGCUACAUUAUCUUUUUAAUCCUUCAUCUCAACUGUGUUUAUGUAUACCUACUAUAUCAAAUCAAUUAAUUUCUAACCCUAUACUAGGUAGUUCCAAUUCAAACUUCCGAUUCAAAGAGAUUGACGUAGCUUCCACUUUUAUAAAAUAUUUUUGCCACA